CGGCCAGCGGUGACACAGUGCGACGGACCGCCCUCCACCGAGACAGACCGGCAGACAUGGUCCGGCCGCCCGCAGCCACGCGGCUUCUGUUCCUGGCCGCGGCCCUGUUCACUGCCACAAGUGACGUCAGAGUGUCCGCUGACGUCACCAGCGAACUGCUGACGUCGGCUCUGAGGGAGGUCGACGACUUCACACUGCCCGACACUCUCAGGGACGGCGAGCAGAGCCGGCUGACACAGCUCCUGGCCGGGGCCGACUGGCGGUCGCUGGCCGAUACCGCAGCACGCGCCAGUCGCAGCCCCCAGGAGGAACCCCCGCCCGAGAGACGGCGCAAGGGUCGCCGGCGCAAGGGAGGCCGGCGGCGCGGCGGCAGGCGGCGCGGCAGGAAGGGGCAGCGCCGCCGACGGCCCACCACGCCGGCCCCUGAGACGAGCACAACGGGACCAAGAUACGCCGCCCCUGUCUCUACCACCGUUCCAACAACGACGACUACCACCACCACUACCACUACCACCACCCCCACCACGACAGCAACCACCCCGCCGCCUACGACGACGGCGAAGCCCAACUUCCACAUCGCUCCUGCGGGCGCCGUCAACCAGAGACCCGUCGUCGGUCUGCUGACUCAGUCGCUGUCCAGGAAGCUGAACUCGCUGGUGGACGACCCUGACCUCAGUAGCUACAUCGACUCGUCCUAUGUGAAGUUCCUGGAGAGCUCCGGCGCCCGCGUGGUACCCGUCAUGGCGGACCAGUCGAACCACUACUACCGCGAGAUGUUCCGCUACCUGAACGGCCUCCUCAUACCGGGCGGCGCCUCCAACCUGGAGGACAGCGGGUUCGCCGCCGCCGCCAAGGCCCUCUGGAAGAUCACCAACGAAUACUCGGACGACCACUUCCCGAUCCUGGGAAUCGGCCAGGGGAUGGAGCUGCUGGCCCGCCUGGCGGACCCGAGCGCUUCCUUCCGGGAGUGUCCAGCUACAAAUGUGGCCUCUCGGCUGGACAUAACGCCAGCCGGCCGCCGGAGUCGUCUGCUGGGCGGCUCGGAGGACCAGGUGCGGGCCAUCCUCAGCUCCCAGCCGGCCACGGUCACCUUCCACGGACGCUGUCUCCGCCCGGGAGCGUUCCGGGCCGGCCAGCUGGGGAGGGAGUUUGAUCUGGUGGCCACCAGUCGUGACAGCGCCGGAGCGCCCUUCGUCAGCGUCAUCGAGCACGAACGUAAGCCGGUGUUUGGCGUGGCGUUCCAGCCGGAGAAGCCGCAGUUCGAGUGGUCGCGCGAGUCGUCCUCCAGCAGCAUCCCGCACACGGCCGAAGCCAUCCUCGCCGCUCAGCACAUCGGAAACGCAUUUAUAGGGGAAGUGAGAAAAAGUCGGCACCGUUUUCCGUCGCCGGAGCUGGAGGAGGACUAUCUGAUCUUCAACUACGAGCCAGAGUUUGUGGGUCGACGGGGAGCCGACUUCACAUCCUACUACUUCUUCUUGUAGACGAGCGUCGGACCCUGCCGCCUCUCCAGAUUGCAGUGUCAUGUGGGCAAUGCAUCGGUUGCAUUAUAUUUCGAGAAGUAAAGAAGUUUAUCAGUCUGUUCAGCGCACUGCUCGCUAGUUUUUUCGUUCAGCACCAAUUAACCCGCGCCCGGCUGGGGGUCAUGGAUUUCCACGCCCUGCUGGGGGGGGGGGGGUGUCUGAACAGUGAACACCCCCCUUCUAACUCGGCUCCUGGGCCACGUAGCGAUACGUGGAA